AAAGGCAGCUGCGGCCACAGAGCAGCCACUGGGCUGAGAGCCCCUCCUGGGAACCCCCUCCCUUGAAUGCUCUUUGAAGUGGGAGAGGGAGGCAGCUGGGGAAGCAGGACCAGAGACAGGCAGAGCCCGCACAUCUCUGCACUCACCUUCCUGCACCGUGCACCUGGCAGUAGCUCUCACCCUUUUCUCUAAAAGGAGGACAACCUGCUGACCCUGGGUGAGAGAGAGGAGGGCCCAGACCCCUGAGCUGUGUUGCACCUGAGGACCAGAUUGCUGGAUACCUGGCUGUGAGGAUUCCUCUGGGAAGGGAAGGCUGCCAUUGCUCAAGAAGAAGGAGGGUAUCCCAUCUAUAACCGAUGUAAAGCAGGAUGGAUGGCAGACGGCAGCAUCCACACUGGGCUUGGUCCUUGCUGGCUGUAGCAGUUGUGGCUGGGGGUGCGGCACCUACGGAGGCUUCCGACAACAGCCCCACAUCCAACAGCCUAGAGGGAGGUGCUGACACCACUGCCUACUGGUGGGGGGAGUGGACCAAGUGGACAGCAUGUUCCCGCAGUUGUGGGGGCGGGGUGACAUCCCAGGAGCGCCACUGCCUUCAACAGAGGAGGAAGUCUGUUCCAGGCACAGGGAACAGGACCUGUGUGGGCACGUCCAAACGGUACCAGCUCUGCAGAGUGCAGGAGUGUCCACCGGAUGGGAGGAGCUUCCGUGAAGAGCAGUGUGUCUCCUUCAACUCCCGUGUGUAUGACGGCCGGGCGUACCAGUGGAAGCCCCUUUACCCGGAUGACUACGUGCACAUCUCCAGUAAGCCAUGCGACCUACACUGCAGCACCGUGGACGGCCAACGGCAGCUCACGGUGCCGGCCCGAGACGGCACUUCCUGCAAGCUCACCGACCUGAGAGGGGUUUGCGUGUCUGGAAAAUGUGAGCCCAUUGGCUGUGAUGGAGUACUCUUCUCCACCCACACGCUGGACAAGUGUGGUGUCUGCCAGGGGGACGGGAGCAGCUGCACCCACGUGACAGGCAACUACCGAAAGGGCAACAAUCAUCUUGGUUACUCCUUGGUGACCCAUAUUCCAGCUGGUGCCCGGGAUAUCCAGAUUGUGGAGAGGAAGAAGUCAGCAGAUGUGCUGGCCCUUGCAGAUGAAGCUGGUUUCUACUUCUUCAAUGGCAACUACAAAGUGGACAGCCCCAAGAACUUCAACAUUGCUGGCACAGUGGUCAAGUACCGACGGCCCAUGGAUGUCUAUGAGACUGGCAUCGAGUAUAUAGUGGCACAGGGGCCCACCAACCAGGGCCUGAAUGUCAUGGUGUGGAACCAGAACGGCAAAAGCCCCUCUAUCACCUUCGAGUACACCUUGCUGCAGUCACCUCACAUGCACCACCUGCCGCCUGUCUAUUACAGCUUCUCUGAGGCAGCCUCCCAGAGCACAGAGAGCACCGAGCGGCAGGAGCUGGACAGUGCCAGGCUGCUGGGCUUCAUGCAGCACAAUGGCUCACUCUACCGCCAGACCUCCUCAGAGAGGCUGGGCCUGAACAGCCAGCUGUUUCAGCCUCCAGCCCCUGAGGUGGAGCUAGGUCCAAGCAGAGGCCAGGAGUCCAACGAGGUGUGCAAGCAAGCCAGCGGUGGGGUCUGUGAGGGACCUCCCAGGGGCAAGGGUUUCCAAGACCACAAUGCCACUGGGAGAGCUUUCUCCGCGGACAAGGAUGACCGGGAGAUCAGUGCCCAUUUCACCUCCCACGAGCUUCUCUCAGCCAACACCAUCUCCGACCAGCUCUUGGGCACAGGCUCUGAAUCAGAAGAGUUCUCACUCAAUGAGACCAUGAAUAGCAUCUUUGCCCAGGGUGCUCCCAGAAGCUCCCCAGCUGAGAGCCUCUAUGUGGAUUAUGAGGAGAAUGAGGGGCCUGCUGCCUACUUGAUCAAUGGGUCUUACCUGGAGCUGAGCAGUGACAGGAUCAACACCUCCUCUGAGGCCCCAUUCCCCAACACCAGUGCCAGCCCCCCCAACUUGGCUGGGAACAGGACUCACAAGGCAAGGACCAGACCCAAGGCACGCAAGCAAGGUGUGAGCCCAGCUGACAUGUACCGGUGGAAGCUCUCAUCCCAUGAGCCCUGCAGUGCCACAUGCACCACAGGAGUCAUGUCCACCUAUGCCAUGUGUGUUCGCUAUGAUGGUGUUGAAGUGGAUGACAGCUACUGCGAUGCCCUCACCCGUCCUGAGCCUGUCCACGAAUUCUGCGCUGGGAGGGAGUGCCAGCCCAGGUGGGAGACCAGCAGCUGGAGUGAGUGCUCACGUACCUGUGGUGAGGGCCAUCAGUUCCGCAUCGUGCGCUGCUGGAAGAUGCUGUCCCCUGGAUUUGACAGCUCCGUGUACAGUGACCUCUGUGAAGCCACGGAGGCUGUCCGGCCGGAGGAACGCAAGACAUGCCGCAACCCAGCCUGCGGACCACAGUGGGAGAUGUCUGAGUGGUCAGAGUGCACUGCCAAGUGUGGAGAGCGCAGUGUAGUGACCAGAGACAUCCGCUGUUCCGAGGACGAGAAACUGUGUGACCCCAGCACCAAGCCUGUGGGAGAGAAGAACUGCACUGGGCCUCCCUGUGACCGCCAGUGGACUGUCUCGGACUGGGGACCGUGCAGUGGGAGCUGUGGACAGGGCCGCACUAUCAGGCAUGUGUACUGUAAGACCAGCGAUGGACGGGUAGUUCCCGAGUCUCAGUGCCAGACAGAGACAAAGCCUCUGGCUAUCCACCCCUGUGGGGACAAGAACUGCCCAGCACACUGGCUGGCUCAAGACUGGGAAAGGUGCAAUACCACCUGUGGGCGUGGUGUGAAAAAGCGGUUAGUUCUCUGCAUGGAGCUGGCCAACGGAAAGCCUCAGAUCCGCAGUGGCCCUGAAUGCGGGUUAGCCAGGAAGCCCCCUGAGGAGAGCACGUGCUUCGAGAGGCCUUGCUUCAAGUGGUACACCAGCCCCUGGUCAGAGUGCACCAAAACAUGUGGGGUAGGUGUGAGGAUGCGAGACGUGAAGUGUUACCAGGGAACCGACAUUGUCCGUGGAUGUGACCCACUGGUGAAGCCUGUUGGCCGACAGGCUUGUGACUUGCAGCCAUGCCCCACAGAGCCCCCAGAUGACAGCUGCCAGGACCAGCCAGGCACCAACUGUGCACUGGCAAUCAAAGUGAACCUCUGUGGCCACUGGUAUUACAGCAAAGCCUGCUGUCGCUCCUGCAGGCCCCCCCAUUCCUAGCUGCUGCUGCUGCAGCCCCUGAGAUAUAAGCACGCUAUCCUGGGGCUUCCUUGGACACCCACUCUGCAGGGGAUGCUGAACUGUGAAGAUGUGACACAGGGCACAACUGACAAGAAGGGACUUCUCAGAUGGAGCCACCCUGCUGCGGAAGCUGCACAUGCACUCCCAGGAUCCUGUGUCUGUGCCCAUCCCAGAGGGCUCAGAGUCCAGAAGCCAGAGGAAGCAGUACCUGCCCAUUUCUCAGACUCAACUCUGAUGUGACAGAACCCUCUCAAGGUGACCUGCAGGUGCCACAGGAAGGACAGAGUCUCGUUUCUUUGGCUGUCUUGGGUAAGGAGAAGCCUUGGGUCAGCUGAGGAGGCCAGGCUGCCCUGUCUCUGGAAGUACUGAAGGUACCCCUUCCUAUGGCAUUAGUGCCACUGUCCCCUCCCAGAGUUCCUGUGCUAGAUGGGAGGGACGGCCCGUGUUCCUGGGUGUCUCUGCCAGCCUCCUCACUACUUACUGGUGCAUGUUAAUAAAGUGGCUGUAUUUAUGGGAGCAUA